AUGAGCGAAAGCGCUGAAGCAGGCUGCAAGAUAGUCAGUCACCAGGAAAUCAUUACAGAAAGCGAGGAUGAAGAUAGCGAUAGCUCGACAGACUUUGAUCCAGAGGAAAUCGAAAAGGAAAUAAUGGGUGUAAAAAGCAUGUUAAGAAGGCAUUGUGGCCGACAUAAGGUGAGGAGGAGGAUUGAGCAUUUUCAUUCACGUGGCUUGCAGCUGUGCAAAUUGAUCGGAACAAAAUGAAGGAAGUGUUUUUGUUUGUUUUGAGAUUGACUUAUUGUACAGAUUAGUCGUUUCUUGUUCUGCGACUGGUCAAUUUUCUGUCCGUGACUACUGUACGGACCAAGUUUUUCUUAUUAAGGGCUGUUACGUAUUUUGUCAGACAGCUAUUCCUUUUUAUUCCUUUAUUUCUUUUUACAGGAAUAAAGCCGCAUAACUGACACUCGCGUUUUUUUCGUUUCUUAUGGUGCAGUUAUGUUCAACGAGAGUUAUGUUUCUUUCGGGCAAGGGACAAGUUCCAGGGACUCUAACCAUUACACAAGUAGGUUAAAAUAUCAUUUUUGACGCAAUUUUAUAUUUAACAGAACGUUGCAAAGUUGCAGAGUGAACAUGCUAACUGGCUGAAAAACGAGGUAACACUGAGAAAUAAACCGUUAAACCUGGAAGGCUCUAGCACCACAGAGACGAUACAGAAGGUCAACAGAGCAGAAGAUAGGGAAAAAAUUCGCCGAAUGUCCAUACCGUUCUCGUGUGAUGUGGAAGAGACAGACCUUGACAUCUCUGUAACAAGCGGACAGCUCUCAAACGUGCAUCAGGAGCUUCUACACCUGUUUGCAAUUCAUGAUGUGAGUGUGGUCUAGAGCAAACAUCAAUACUAGUAUAAUAAAAAUUUUCAAAAGCUUCUCCUCGGUAACACAGGAAUCGACUUGUUAAAAGACAGAUUAGUUUGAGAUGGUAUGGUCUGCUUUGAUUUUUUUUCGUUCACAUUUUUCGUUAGUAGCUUUUACAAUCCAUUAAAAUGAAAUUAACCGACGUAUUGUCCAUUGAUCUACCAAAAUAUCGAAGAAGAAGUAGAAAUUAAAAUGAUUCCAUCCUUUUCUGUUGUACCAGCCUCUAUGUUUGUAGUUAUACUAGACUGCUGCUAUUGGCACGUGCGCUCGGUUUUGAACUCCACCAGGCAUGGACCUGGCGAAUUGAUGAGGAUGGACUUGAGGGAUGCAAAGGUCUCAGUACGAAAUGCCCUCCAUACCCCACUCCACGUCACAGCCCAUGGGAUGGUCAAAACUCAGGAGAGAUUGUUUCAACGUCACUAGUGGUUCUUUAUCGCUUCGUGAGAGUUUUAACUCUUAAUUUUAAAAUAUUCAUGGUGAAAAAGUUUUUAAACAACCCCUCAGACGGUUAAUUUGUCCCUAUCCGCUAAGAAGAAUAGGUGCCAGUUCGAAACGACGGUAUAGCACCUUCUUAGCUACUUUAAAAGUCUGAGUGCUUAGCCUUUCGGGAACUGUCGACCUAUAAGCCAUCGCUUGCGAAAUACAGGUACCCUAACAAUUGAACUAACCAUACUAAAGAGUUGAGGUAUUCAAUUUUAAAUUGUUGCUUACAGGCCAAAUACCAAAUGGAAUGUGAGCAGGAACGACGAAGUGUUGAAAGUACAAAGAACCGUAUGCACGAGGAGUUACUAAGUAACAUGGCCCGGCGCAAGGCGCGAGAAAUAUUUGAAAUGGAAAGACAAAGAAAAAUAGAAGAAAUGAUAAGGCUAACCGAGACCGUGAGUGCAGAAAGCAUUGCUAUGGCCGAAACUAACGAUCGAUUGAGUCAUGUGCAUGAAGAUUUGAAAAAUGCUUUCAAGCGAAUGAGGGUAAGUAGAUGUUCCAACAAUUGAAUUUCCCCUAUUAGAUUUACAGUCAAACGGUACCCCAUAGAUUUCAUCAAUGAUUUCAUAGUAAGCUGGUUUCAUAUCAAGUUCCAUUGUGUUUCAUAAGUAUGUUUUAAGGUUGAGAUUAAGUGCCACUGGGUGACAAAGGGAAAAUAUGCGUUGCAUUUAAUGUGCAAUUAUUUUUCGGUGUCAACGAGUGAACAAGCCUUAAGACGCUUUUGAAAAUUUUUCGAGUCCUUCAAAAAAAUUGCUUCAAAGAAAAUAUUUUUUGCCCCAUGAUGACAAUGACGAGAUGACGUUCUACGUCCACUAUUAAUUGAUGACGUGUUUAUAAUUCUUUCCUCUUUAAACGCAGUUCUUGUCUACUUAUCUUUUCCAACAUAUUGGUUUGAUUAUCAGGUUUUUUCUGUUUUUACUUUUGCAUUAAAGAAAAGCAAUUUGCUAAAGAAAUGAAGUCAAACUUGCCAUUUUUGAGCUUAAAAAAAAAACAAAACAAAAACAAAAAAAAAACAAAAAGACAAAAAAGAACAAUAGAACGAAAGAAUGAAAGAAAAAAUGAAGCCAAAAUAAAAUCGAAGCUUCAAGGCAAGCUUUACGUUCUAGGUUGGUUGAUGAGCAAUGUUCUUUCCACUAGGAUGCCAAAGCAGCUAAAGAAGACCAAGACCGCAAAAGAACGGAAGAAUUAAAGGAGAUGAUGUUACAGGAGAUAAGAAGGAGACCAACAGGUAGCGAGCUGAACGUAAUGGAACAAGAAAGGAAAAGAAGGGAGGAGUUGUAUCAAGUACAGCUGAAUGAGCGAAGUCAAUCACACGAGAAUCUGCUGCAAGUUCAAGAACAAUUACUGAAAAUCUUCGCUAAACUUAAGGUUUGUUUAGAACGUAGUAUUUUUUUUUCAAGAUUCUUUUUUCACCAUGGCACUUUAAGAGAGGAUCUCUUUGUUUUCAAUUAAUAUAAUCGCAGUCGAGAGAUAAUAGUGGGUUCCAUAAGAGUUGGCGGCCACCUCGCGUCGGAGAAGCCGUAAUGUGGAGAGUUAGAGGUGUAAGGUGAGACCAAUUUUGUGUGCGGAACAGUUAGGACAUUCUCAUUUUCAAAAAUAAACAAGGAACCAAUUCUUAGCCUGCCGCGUGCCCCGUUCAGCGGCCUUUUUUGCAACCAUGCAUAUUACUUUCAUGCGCCUGGUACACAGGCUACCAAUAAACCGAAGCGAGUAACCCUCGCGGGGCGUUUUCACAGACCAUUUUAUUAAGUUUUAGUCGUUUUUGGCGAAAAUAUGUUGUAUCACAAAAGCGUUUUGGUUUCCAUAAUAUACGCAGAGAGAAAAGAAGGUUAAAAAGAUUGAAACGCGCCAGCACCAAGAAGAAAAUAAGGAACGUAUGCAGGAGGAGCUGAUACGAAGGUCCCUCCAGAGGGAGGUGUCCAAACUAGAGGCACAGGAAAAGGCCCGAAGGAUCAAAGAAUCGAAGAGUCAGAUUGGCGAGGGUGAUGAUGCUAAAUCCAAGGCUAUCGACAUGUUGGUUGACGUCCAAAAACAGUUGCUGGAUGUUUUUGCAGUAUCCAAGGUUUGAUUUCUAGUUUUUCUUUGUAUUGAAUAACAAUGAUUUGUUUAUAUUAUAUUAUAUUUAUAUUAUUAUAUUAAACAAUUGGACAGCUUCGUGCCCACAAGAAGGGCUAUCCGGUAAAGCAUGAACGCCUAUCCGACUCUCCGCUUUACAGAUCGGCGUGGCGCGGCUUCGCUCCGCCAAUCCCGCCGAAAUCACCGUUCUUAUGUGUGAACAGAAGUUCAGGGCGGAAAAACGUAUUGAGCAUGCGUGAACUUUUUUGCCCAGAUCCCCUGGCCGGGUUUGAAAAAAUGGCGGGAUUUCAAAUAUUUUAUUGCCUAAAAAUAAGAUGUUUCCACUCAUAACCUGGAAAGAACUGGCAAUUUGUCUUCAAAAGUUGCAAGCUGUGGUUAUAACCUUGUGGUUUCUUAAUUUUCUCGAAGAAUACCUCAUAGUAAAACGGACUUUAACGACAUCAAUUUCCUUGAGUUGUACUGGAAAUGUGCAUGCGUAGGUCCGAUUUUUUUCAAGAUGCAUUCACAAAAUGUGUUCAUAUAAGGAAGUUCCUGGAUAUAUAAGGUCGGGAGCUCCACUGUGGACACAAAAACAACAUAUCUUUGGACAGUGAUUUGCCCAAGAAAAUUAACGCUUGCCCACAAUGUGUUUGAAGGCACUGAACUUGUCGCACUCGAGCUGAUAUUUUAAAACCCUCGCUCGAUCGGACACUCGUAGUUUCGCAGAUAACUAAAAUAUAGACAAAAUCCUCAAUGUAGAAGUUAUUGCGUUGAUAUGCGGGCAGAAAAAAGGUCAAUCUUUAUCUAGUAAAAUCUUCCCAAAAAUCGGUUUUAAAGCAACUAUAGUUUAUUUUUAAACUUGAUCGUUUCGCGUACUAAGAGAUAAAUAUAAAUUACGCUUUGUGUUGUCAAGUUGAAAAUGCAUAACAUCUGUCAAAAACCUACACGUAGGUAGGAUUUCCUUCAAACAAAGUUAAAAUUACAUUAUUGCAAAAACUUCUUGCUGACAAUGAAGAAAUGAAUUUUUUGUACCAAAACAACCUACCUAAAGAUCUUAAAAGCAAAAGAUCAGUUGCUGUGAGCUUCGCAGCUAAACCAUGAUUCACCAUGUAGCUUCUCCACGCUUUAAUAACUCAGUGAAUAACUGGUCCAUGUGAGGGUCUUCAUUCAAGCAAAUUAAACCCAGCCAAUCGUUACAAAAUUCAGAAAACUGCACAUAAGGGUAUUUGUUUUGCUCGCUUCAGACAAAUCCAGCUCCAGCAAUUCAGUGUUACGGGCAGAGUCAAUUGUUUUGAAGUCACUGCCGGCAGUUGUCCUCAGUACUUCACAGCGAGUGAAAUGGAAAAUUUGCGUACAGAAAGUUAUUUCUUACAAAGAACAGAAACUUUCACAGUGCAGUGGAAAACAAAACUAUGUAAUUAAAAGUGACGAAAACGCUGACUACUUAGAGUAUUUGAGCAACAGAAAAAUGAUUCUUUUCUUCUAGACUAAGUUUACUGGCCUUCUACCGGUAUUUCCGAGAAAGUUUUACGGCGCACUAAAUGGUUCUUUAACUGAAGAGAAGGAUAAAGCUGGUUCUACAAAGGGAAUAAAUAUGAGCAUGUGAAAAAGUAUUUUCUAAUUUUAAAAAAAAAGUGGGUUUUAAUUCAGCCCGGCGAAAGAAGGCGAAAUCAACUCGCAAAUAAAUCGAAUGAACAAUCAAAAAAAUACUCGCCUCUUUGGAAAUGUUCAAAACUCUUUAUUCCACCUCAGACUGAAGGAAUGAUCCGUUUUUCCUUUAACAUUGGUUGUUCCGAGUCCAAAGUAAUUUUCAAGUGACGAAAAACAAAAACCACACAAAAGUAAAAAGGCUUUUCGAGGAGCAAACGUUCACACCUUGUGCAUGUCAUUCAGUCUUAGUCAGAACUCUCUCAGUGACAAACAAACAAACUGUCGAACACAGUCAACACAAGCUGUCAACACACAGAAAAGCUCGCCUUGAGCCUGCGAUAAAGGAUGCGCAGAAGCUUGCGCAGAACGUUUUUCCGCCCUGAAAGAACAGAAUUAAGCCCUAUCCGGUACUGACUCGUCCCCAGUCGUCUCUCAUUAUUAGUAUGAGACAACUUAGAGACGACUGGGGACGAGUCAGUAUCCGGUAUGAUAAAAGCUAUCGUGUGAACAUAACCUUUGUAAAUUUUGUUUGUUCAUAAUGUGUCUCAUUAUUGAUGGGCUCCUGCCUUUAUUCUGAGUGAACACAUAAAUUGUGAUGACGAUGACUAAUAGAUCGGUCUAUUUUUUUACUUACUCUAUCGUGUGAACAUAACCUGAUAACCUUUAUAAAUCUUGUUUGUUCAUAAUAGGGCCAUUUAUACGAGGAAAAAUAAGACGCGUCUUACAUAAGACGCGUCUUAGAACUGUACCAUUUAUACGAGCAUGUCUUAUCUAAUAAGACGCGUCUUAGCUAAGCCGCGUCUUAUUUUAGACGAAAUGUGCCGUUUAUACGGAAAGUUCGCGUCUUAUUUAAGACGCGUCUUAUUUUUCCUCGUAUAAAUGGCCCUAUUGAGUCACAUUAUUGAUGGGGUCCUGCCUUUAUUCUGAGUGAACACAUAAAUUGAGAUGACGAUGACUAUUAGAUCGGUUUAUUUUGUUACUUACUUGAGUCCUUUCAUUACCUGUUGCUUUAUUCUGCGUUUUUUUUACUUCGGUAUUUUACUUUUGUGAUGGUUUGUAUUUCCCUUGGUGCAUGCAAAGGUGUGGAAUGAGCAAGCAGACCAGUUUUAGUUUUCUGAUUAUAUUUAUUGUCAUAUUAUUGCCAUAUUGUUUUGCUAAAUGCAUCCUUUCUUGACAACAGCUCCAGGACGUUAAACAUCGAAUGGACCAACUAAAGGUUAUGAACUGCCGUCAAAAUAUGCUACAAGAAAUCCGUAGCCGACGAGUAGACAGAGAAAACAGCAGCGGCAUAACGUAGGUAGCACAUGCAUGCAACAUAUAAUAUAACAUAUAGACCACGGUUAAACGAGAAAAACCGUGGCGUUUAUCGUUCCCAGAGGCUGUGAUUCUUUUGGUCAGCACUAUAUGGAUAACUGGCACUGGAGCGACCACUGGAGUUUUUCUGAAAUGUCCGCAAUCGCGUAUCCAGAGUCCUUGGGCUCUAUGGUCAGCGGGUAGUCGCCAGGCGUAAGUAUUCAUAUAUGGUAAUUAUAAUGUAACGAUAUAAAGCUUUCUAUGAAGUAUACCUAACUUACGAAGUGACACCAGCUGACUAAGGAGCCCGAGGACUUUGCGCACGAAAUUGAACUGUCCGUCCGUCAUGUACAUGAAUAGCAGCUUAACAAUACACGCAGUAGUUAUUUGCAGUUGAAAAGAGACCGUACUUUUAAUAAACUCGUACAGUUUUUGCUUAAACAGUCUGGUGAAAAUUAACACUUCUCACAGUUCUUUAAAUUUGUAUCAUCUCAACAGACGUAAGUCUAUUGUAGCUGUUCACAAGCCUGGAAGAAGACUGUCGUUAAUUGGUGAAAAACUUCAGCAUGAAGUUACUCACUCUCCCUUUCGUGAUGUUAGUCAAAACUGA